GGCCGGGCAGCCGGAUCGGCGCCUACAGUCCACUUACGCGACGUCGUACUCAGGUCACCAUUCGUCGGCGUCCUCCCCGUCGCGAGUGCUACAGAGCUCGCCCUCACACUCGCUGCAUUCGCCCGCCCAUGGUUCUCCCGCGCACGCGAAGCUGCAGUCGCCUACGCCACCUAGUGCCACACCGAGUCCCUAUUCGACGACGUCGCUGCAGACUCACAGAGUCGAAGUGAAGAACACGGAAAUGCUGUCGAGGUUGCCGUCGCCGUUCGGCAAGCCCGCUCGUGGCGCCCCCGCGUGUACGAUUCCCGGUCCGAAGCUGAGUGGCGGAAAGUCUGGCGGCAAGUACACGUCGAGUUCUGGCGUCAGCAGCGGCUUCUCAAGUGCCUCGUCGCAGGGUAGCGUGGAGAACACACGAUACUCAGGUUCCAGCAUUCCAACCGCUUGCAAGAGCAAUGCGUCGUCACGAUCCACGAGUCCCAGUAACUACAGUUCAGGGUCGAGCAUACCACAGCCAAAGGUCAUACGCAGCCACUCUCUGACGGAGAAAAGUACACACAGGGUUGUGGCACCUGCUAGCUUAUCUUCUAGUACCUCCUCCACUGCCUCUAAAGGGGCAACAUCGAAGUUACAGGCUCCUCAGAGCAAAAACUCCAUGUUGGAAAAAUUCAAGUUCUUCAGAGAGAAGAAUCACAACAAGGCUGCUGCAGCGCCCCCUAGCAGCGGCGGGACGACCAAACCUGGUAGCAGAGACAGCUCCAGCAGCAUACCGAGAAGCGAUUCUUCCAGUCCCUGCGGUGACUCACGGCCGGCCACCGCCCCGCCAUCUGGUGGCAGGGAUAUCAGUCCCGCCUCGCACGCCACGAGUCCGAAGGCUGCUGUGAAAGCACUAGCGAAGAAGACCUUCAGUCUAAAGAAGGACAAGAAGGAAGCCGCGUCUCCUAAGCUCUCUCACAAGGAGCUGCUGCAGACGGCGGAGGCACGCGCCGCCACCGAGUGCCGCAUAGAGUGCUCCUCUCCGAAGCCAGCCGCGAAGGGGAAGCCUGAGAAGGAGGAGAAGCAGCGGCAGAAGGAGGAGAAGGAGCAGCAGAAGACGAAAGAGAAGCAGCAGCAGCAGCAGAGGGAGAAGGCUCACAAGGAGAACGGGAAGAGCCACAAGGAGGGACGGCGCGAGAAGGAAGCCAAGGAGAAGGCCGCAAAGGAGGAGCGACAGCGCGAGGAGAAGGCGGCAAAGGAGGAGAGGCAAGCUGAGAAGGACGCAAAGGAGAAGGCCGUUGCCGGCACGAGAAAACCGCGUGUAGAGUCGUCUCGAGGCAAGCCGGAGGCUGCGCACGAGCGAUGCGAGGUGCAGGCGGUUGCUAACGAGCGCACGGAGAGAACCUCCCUCCGCUACACAGCCGACAAACAGCAGCAGCAGCAGCAGCAGAAGGCGGACAGGAGCGCGGAUGCAGACGCACGCGGCUUAGACUCUGACGCGCCGGGGCGCGCCAAGAGCUCGUCGAAGAUCGCGAGCUUCGUCGCGAAACCCUCGUCGCCGCCGGUAGCGCCCCCUGCGAAGUCGUCCCUCGGCAAGGCGAGGUCGCCGUCGAAGCUGGACGAGCGUGCGACCCCGUGGCCGCCCCCUGCCGGCGACGCCAUGCAGCGCAGCGGCGGCGGCGGCGCGCCGACCUCGUCGCUGACCUCGUCGGUGACCUCUGUGACCUCGACGGGAAUCCCGAAGCCAACGGCGGCGGUGAAGGGCACGUCGAAGGUCACACGGGACGAGCUGUCGUCGUCAUCGUCGUCGACGACGUCGUCGCGCGACUACAGCAAGAACUGCGGCAGCCUGACGCGGCCGAGCAGCAAGGACAGAGUGGAGAGUCUGCUGCAGGAUGUGAAGAAGAGUGAACACAACAUCGUUGCCAAGAUGGCGAUGCAUGGAUCGCAGAUGAAGUCUGACCACUCAGGCUCCCUCGUCACGAUCGCCAUGGUUACGCCGAUGACGCACAACAUCAUGCCCGCUGGCAAGGAAGUCAGCAAUGUCAGUCUGAGCAGCUUGGUAUCCGACUCCAUCUCUAAUGUUGGCAUGGGUACAGGCAUGACUGACUCGAUGCACAGCACACACAGCGGCAACAGCGGCAACAGCGGCACAAACUCUCACUCAUCCGGUGACUCCGUCAUUUACCGUCCAUCCAGCUGUGACGAGCUCUUCUCUGAUACCGAGACGAAGAAAUACUCGGGCGGUCGCACGACGACGACGACGGAACAAAAGAGCAGCGUCGUCGCGACGAGCAAGCUUCCUAAGCGCAGCGACAGCACGUACAGUAGCAGCUCCUCCCAGGGAGGAGGAGGAGGAGGAGGAGGAGGAGGAGGAGGAGGAAGCCACAGGAAAGUGGAGACGACGUUCGAUAGCUCCGACCAGGUGAUCACGAAGACGGUGAACCCGGAGAAGGAUCAGGCUAAGAUGGAGACGACGUUCGGUGAGGACGCUGAGGAGACGACGGUCAACAUCAAGCCGAUGCAGCCGAUCGUACGCGCGUCGCCCUACGCCUACAUGCGCAGCCUCGGCACCCUCUCUCCCGGCCACCACCACACCAAGCUGACCCUGUCACCGCUGCGCUUCCAGGAUGCUAGCGGCACGCCGCGCCUCGCCGCCAGCCGCCACGUUCUCAACAGCCAGGAGACGACGAAGCCCUUCUCCUCAGCCUCCGCGGCGGCGGCGGCUGCUGCGGCGAGCAUGAAGCGCACGGUGUCGAACAGCAACUCGGUCUACGAGGCGGACUACGGCUCUGACCUGGAGGUGAUCGACAUCGCCGAGGGUUACAUGUCAGACGGCGGCGUGCUGCGCAACAACGUGCGCGGUGGAGACGACCUGCUCAGCGGGUACAUCAGCGAGGGCGGGGCGUACAACUACUCCAGCCGGCUGCAGGCUCGCUUUCAGGAGGGCAUGGCAGCGGUGAGGGACAUGCACAGAGGCGACAUGUCACUGGAGGAUGACAGGUCGGGAGGUGGCGCCACCGAAGCUUCAAAGUCCUCUCCGAAGCCACGGAAGAAGGAGGAGGGCACGCGCAGCCGGGGAGGCUCCCAGGAGAACCUCCUCUCUGACAAGGUCUCUCAGAAGACGAAGGAAGCCAAGCAGCCGCGCUCUUCCUCCUCCGCCUCCUCCGCUGCCGCGGAGAAGAAGCCUUCGCCGGCCGACAAGCAGAAGUUUGGCUUCAAGCGGCCCACCAGCGCCACCUGCGGGGGAAAGACGCCGACGCCGCCGACGAAGGUGCCGGGCAGCAACGGGUCGCAGCGCAGCAACGACAUAGACGACGCGUGCUGCUCGGAGAUGACGCAGCGCACGAACCCGCGCGCCAACAUGCUGUCCAGCUCCUACGGCGGUCAGGCGGGCGUCUACGCGGCGACGACGGCCGGGGUUCCCGGCGCGUACGGACAGUACAGCACGGCAUUCGUGGGUGGCGGCGGUCAGUACGCGACGGGGUACAUGAGUGGCUCGAGCACGCUCGACCGCAACAGGGAAGGAGCUGUAUCUAUGUCGGCCUGCCUGUGA